CCUGGUGGAGCACCACUGAGGGCCGUGGAAGCCUGUGUUAGAACACCUGGGAACCUGACUACUACCUCAGAUGCCUCAGAUGCGUGUGGAAUGUUUGGCUGUCAGCUCAGUGCUGGUGCUGUGGCCGCUAUUUUGAGCAGUGGAACUAUCCUCCUCUUCCUCCUAGUGUGCUUCAUAGUAGCUGGUUAUGUGCUAAGAAGACGACGAAGAAAAUCAAUCGUGUCUGAAGAGCUUAGGUCACCUACUGGAAAUUCUUAUUCCACACCUCAAGAGUUCACCAAUCCAUCCAAAGUCACAGAUGAUAAUGUACAGAAACCAGUGGCAUCUCCAGUGCAGCAACUUAAAGAGGAGCUCAAGAACAAGAACAUGCUAUUCUCCAACAGCCAGUUGGAAUUGAGCAGAGUUGUUGGACAGGGAGAGUCGGGAUUAGUGUAUCGUGGAUACCUCAGAACAAGUGAAAUCAAAGACUUGGUCGCAAUAAAGACUGGCAGAGCUCUAUUGUCGAUGGACCACAAGGAAAGACUGCUGAAGGAAGUCAUUCUCAUGCUCACCUUUGAUCAUCCUAAUGUUAUGCCACUAAUUGGACUCUCCUUUGAUGGAGAGAUGCCCCUCAUCGUUAUGCCGUUCAUGUCAAAGGGCAACAUUCUUGGGUACGUGAGAAAUCACAGAGAGAGUCUCUACUUUAAAGAUCCCAGUGAUCACCAGGAAGUUGAAGCUGCCAGGAAGACGUGUCUUGGGAUGUGUUACCAGAUAUGCAAGGGAAUGUCGUAUCUUUCAAAGUUUAAGUUUGUCCAUCGGGACCUGGCUGCAAGAAACUGCAUGAUUGAUGAUAAUGACAUAAUCAAGGUAUCAGACUUUGGGCUGACAGAGGACAUGUACAGCACGGCCUACUACCGUCACGACGGAUGUGAGACUGGAACUGAGGAGAAGAUACCAAUCAAAUGGAUGGCUCCUGAGAGUAUUGAAUCUAACAUAUUUGAUGAGAAUACAGACGUAUGGUCAUUUGGAGUGACGUGUUGGGAGGUGUUCACAUGUGGAGGAGUCCCGUAUGCUGGGGUCCCAGUCACCACUCUACUGAGUGAGCUUUUCUCUGGACACAGGCUGGACAGACCCAGCAACAUCACCUGCUCUGAUGAUGUAUGGGCAUUGAUGACAUCAUGCUGGUCAGCCAGUCCACAGGAGAGGCCAAUGUUUGCCACACUGGUCAACAACAUUGCUGAUCUUCUCGACAACGACCCCGCCUACAUAAAACUUCGAAAUUAAACUUAGCUAUUACUUUUGUGUAAGCUAA